UUCUCUCUCCUUCUCUCUUCAAGACUCAGCGCAGCUCAGCAGAGAGACAACUGCAUCGCUUUGGAUGAUGAAGCUCAGGCUCUCCCAUAUUCUCUUAUUGUUGCUUCCUGGAAAAAUCCAGGCAGAGAAUCCAGACAGUGGCAGGGGAAACAAUGGGGACGCCGCAGUGACAGUCCUCAUCUGCCUGUUGUUUCUGCUGCUGCUGGUGCUAUGUAUAGCAUGGCACUAUUUGAACCGUGUAACAGAAGGAAGGUACCACCCUAGGCACCUGAUGAGUAACCUGGUUCUUUGGUGGCAACAGUUCCGGAGGGAGACACUUUCUGAGGACCUGGCUGAGGACUACCAGGAUGAGGAACAGAAUGAUGGAGAGCUUGAGGAAGAGCGACAACAGCAUGUGGAGGAUGGAGGAGAAGAAGAAGAUGAGGAGAUGGAGGAGGAGGAGAAAAAGCAGCUCCUUCAGGAGGAAGAAGAGAAGCUGACCAAGGAAGCCAAUGAAGAGGCAGCAUUGGAGGAGGCCUUGGAAGAAGGUGAAGUGUCAAAGGCAGCCCAGGGCAGCGCAGAAGUUCUACUGAGUCAGCUGCAUUCCUUCUCUGGAACGGCAUCCUGGGAAGACAGUGGCAAAUCACUGAGCGACACUGCUCUCUAGAAAUCCCAGGGAGGAAGGAAGGAGGGACUUGUCACAAACAAGCUUCUAAUGCUGGGUACCAUAUCCACAUAUGAGAAACCCAAGACUGCUGUCACUCUGCUUUGUACACUGCUUCCAUUGGGAGCAGCACUGUCUGUAUGGUUGCAUUUGCUUCUUCUAACCUGUUCCAAAAAGCUUGUUGUCAAACAAAAAAA